AUGAGUGCUCUAUUUAAUUUUUAUAGUCUAUUAGAAGUUUUACUGCUAUUAAUUUGUACUUCAACCUAUAUAUAUAUCCAGUGGCCUUCUAUAUUCAAUAGAUACAAAGGAAACGGUGUCUUGGGUAUAUUUUGGAAAUUUGCACGUAUUGGUGAAAGGGCCUCCCCUUAUGUUAGUCUAGCAUGCUUAAUAAUGGCUGUUAAUCAAUUUUCAAGUUAA